AUGAACCCCAAGCUUGUUGUUGCCGUGAAGAAGGCUGCACGCUUCUCGCCCUCGGGUCAACGCCUGUUUUCCUCUGGCAAGGAUAUUCGAUUUGGCGUUGAGGGUCGAGCAGCAAUGCUCAAGGGCGCUGAUCAGUUGGCUAAUGCUGUUCAAGUGACUUUAGGUCCUAAAGGUCGAAACGUGGUCAUUGAUCAAUCGUACGGCGCUCCCAAGAUCACCAAGGACGGUGUUACUGUUGCUCGUAGUGUUGAAUUCAAGGACAAAUUCGAGAACAUGGGUGCACAGCUUGUUCGUUCCGUGGCCAGCAGUACAAAUGACGCAGCUGGUGAUGGAACCACGUCAGCUACCGUUUUAACACGUGCCAUUUUUAGUGAAGGCUGCAAGUCGGUGGCUGCCGGUAUGAACCCGACGGACUUGCGACGAGGCAUUCAAAUGGCAGUCGAUCAUGUUGUUGACGGUUUGCAAAAACUCUCGAUGGAUGUAGCUGACAAGGAAAAAGUGGCACAGGUAGCCACUAUAUCAGCCAAUUCGGAAGCUGAAAUUGGUAAUCUCAUUAGUGAUGCUAUGGAACGUGUGGGCAAAGAAGGUGUAAUUACAGUACAAGAUGGUAAGACGUUGUACAAUGAGUUGGAAGUGGUUGAGGGUAUGAAAUUUGAUCGUGGAUUCAUCUCGCCGUAUUUUGUCACGGAUAAUAAAACACAGUCGUGUGAAAUGGAAAAUCCGUACAUUUUAUUGGUCGAGAAGAAGGUCUCGAGUUUACAGGCCAUCAUUCCCAUGUUAGAAACCGUUGUGAAGCAACAGCGUCCAUUGCUUAUUAUUGCCGAAGAUGUCGAAAGUGAGGCUUUGGCUGCUCUUGUUAUCAACAAAAUUCGUGGUGGUGUCAAGGUGUGUGCGGUAAAGGCUCCUGGAUUCGGUGACAAUCGCAAAGCAAGUCUGCAGGAUAUGGCUGUGCUCACAGGCGCUACUGUCAUUUCAGAAGACUUAGGCCACCGUCUUGAGACGGCCACUCCAGAGAUGUUGGGCAGCGCCAAAAAGGUUACUGUCACCAAAGAUGACACUUUAAUGCUUGACGGAGCUGGAUCUCCUGAAGCGGUGGAAGAGCGUGGCAAUUUAUUGCGUGCAUCGAUUGAAAGCACCACAUCCGAGUACGAAAAGGAAAAACUGCAAGAACGUCUUGCCAAAUUGAGUGGCGGUGUAGCUGUGAUCAAGGUUGGUGGUGCCAGUGAAGUUGAGGUCGGUGAGAAGAAGGACCGCGUGGUCGAUGCUUUAAACGCCACCCGUGCCGCUGUUGCUGAGGGUAUUGUGCCUGGUGGUGGUGCCGCUUUGCUUUGGGCAUCUCGCACACUUAACACGCUUUUUGAUUCGUGCGCAAACUUGGAUCAAAAGGUUGGAGUGGAGAUUGUCGAGCGUGCCUGCCGUGCUCCGGCAACGCAAAUUGCAAAGAAUGCUGGACAUGAAGGAGCAGUCGUCGUGGGCAAAUUGCUGGAGAAUAACUCUCCAGAACAUGGUUUCAACGCUCAGACUGGUGAAUAUGUUAACCUAGUGGACGCUGGUAUUAUUGACCCGACGAAGGUUGUGCGUACGGGACUUGUGGAUGCUUCGAGUGUGGCGUCGCUAAUGAUGACAGCUGAGGCUCUUAUUGCGGACUACCCAGAGGAAGCUGCUUAUACCCUUCCAUUAUCGUCAGGCCAUUGA